AUGAUAAACAUGUGAUGAAAUUUUGUUUUUAUUUCUCAAAUGUUGUAAUUAUAUUUAAUUGUUUUCGCAAUUUAGGAUAAAAAUGUCAUUUAAUUUAUAUCGAAUUUUGGAAUUAUAUAAGCCAAUUAAUAGUCAAUUCUAUAGUCAACAUAGUUGUUUAAGAUUUAAAGUGUUACCUUUUGUUGUGAAUAAAUUUCAUCGGUGCUUGAGUACAGAAUCAAAUGUAAACAAUGAUAAUAACGAGAAGGAAAUUGUUACUACUUUAAAGGAUGAAGAAGGUAACAAGUCAUUGUUACCCCGUCGAAAGCCACCUAAAUUUUUGCUUGAUAAUAAAUCGGUUGAUCCAUCAAGAACCAGUAUUAUCUUGUUUCCAGGUCAAGGGUCACAAUUUGUUGGAAUGGGUCAUAAUCUUUUAGAGGUUCCCAAUGUUGAGGAAAUGUUUCAAACUGCCAAUCGUAUACUUGGUUAUGAUUUAUUGGAGAUGUGUCUUAAUGGUCCAGCAGAAGAGCUUGAUGAAACUGUCCACUGUCAACCGGCCAUUUUUGUUACCUCAUUAGGAGCCGUUGAAAAACUGAGAAUCACUCAUCCGGGUGUGGUUGAAGCUUGUAUUGGAACAGCGGGAUUUAGUGUCGGAGAAUUGGCUUCAUUGGUUUUUGCUGGAGCCUUUUCCUUUGAAGAUGGUCUAAGGUUGGUUAAAAUUAGAGCUGAAGCCAUGCAAGAAGCUGCUGAGCGGGUUCCUGGUGGUUUAAUUACAAUUAAAUUUGGUCCGGAUGCAAGGAUUUCGUUUGCAUGUCGAGCUGCCGUUGAAUGGUGUUUAGCCCGAGGCAUUGAUGAAGAUCAUGCUGUUUGUAGUGUCUCUAAUCAUUUAUUUCCUCAUUGUAAAGUAAUUGGUGGCCAUGAGGAGGCUUUAAGGUUUAUCGAGCUCAAUGCAUCAGAAUUUGGAAUCAAACUAACCAAAAGAUUAAAAGUUUCCGGUGCCUUUCAUACUAAAUUAAUGAGACCAGCGAAAAAGAAAUUUAAAGAAGCUCUAAUGAAAACACCUUCUAAUCGAUUACGGAUACCCUGUUAUUCAAAUCUUGAUGCCAAAGUUUAUAGAUUUGAGAAGCAAAUACAUGAGAAAUUAUCAGAUCAAAUUUUCAAAUCGGUUAGAUGGGAACAAGUGAUGUCAGAGAUUUACCGUCGCCCAGAAGGCUUUGAAUACCCAAAGACGUUUGAAUGUGGCCCCGGGUCAACUUUACGAGCAAUCUUAAGAAAUUGUAAUAAUAAGGCAUUUAAAGUGGCCAACUCCAUUUCCGUUUAAUUAGUGACUUUAAACAAACGGUUUACUUCUUACCCCAUCAAUUGAUUCCAAAUGGAUUCAUCCAUCAUGGAAGAAAAUGAUUCCCGUUCGUGGUUACGUUCAAUUGAAUAAUCGAGUUUUCAAUAUAUCCGAUUCAAUGCAAGUUCCACAAGCAAUUGCUAAGAAAAUAGUUUCCAAGAUUCACCAAACUCUAUCAAUCGAUCAAGUCCAAUCCUCUCCAGUUGUUUCUACUCCAGCUGAACCCGCUCAAUCUCCCGUUUUAGCUGAUCCUGCAGUCCAAUCACCUGCAGUUGUCGAACCCGCUCAAGCUCCAGUUCUCACACCUUUGACUGAACCUCAAGAACUUGCCUCAGAAUCUUCCUCUGAAUUAGCCCAAUCUCCCGUUUUAGAAGUAUCUUCCACCACCACAACCACAACCACCACUACCACAACUACUCCUGCACCAACCACUCUCAGUACCACCACUUCAACCGCCGCCCAAAGAGUUGCACCAUCCAAGACUUAUGUUGCCCCCACAAAGACCCAUUCAGUUGUUCAAACCCAAGUCGUCAAAGAGGAAGCAGUUAAAACCCCAACCAAAACUUCAAUUAAAUCUCCAUCGAAAACAUCAGCACCCAAAUCGGUUCCCACUAAGACCUCAAACUAUUCAACCAAACAAGUAGUUCAAUCGCCCUCUCGAUAUGUCAGUCCAGUUAAAACCGCUCGAGGUUUCGCUCAGACCAACUAUUAACUUUAUUUUUCUUUACUUAAAUCCAAUGCAUUGAAAGAUAAAAAAUACUGUUAAUAAUAUUCUUUACAUCAAUUAAAUCAAUUUUCCUUUCCAAA